UAGCUUUGACUGCCAAUAAUGUUAAUUGCCUUGUUCAGUCUGCACUAGUCACUACGCUCAGGUUAUUGAAGUGUUUCGUUAGAGAUUCUUGUGGGUUGGUGCUCUUCAUCAGCAUCAUCAGUGGUUUCACCCACGCAAAGCCCAUGUCAAAUCGGGGGCAGAGUAACAGCAUUACCAACCGCGAUGAGAUUUUCAGAGUAUAAGCGUUGAUUAGACGUUCAUCCAAGUUUCGACGAGAAAUCUCUGAGAAGCAAUGUGAUGUAUUUUCGAAUCAAGUAUUGGAAUAGGCAAGUUCCAUCAAAGAUUGGAUCCUGAUCCAAAUAAGUUCUUCCUCAUCGUGUUAUCUGAUAGUGCACGACGGCGCCUCUUAUCUUCCUAAAUACAACCAAGACUUGGACAGGUCAAACUUCGUUAAAUAAGGAACCGUCGUUUGACUGGCAGAGACUGUGAAGGGGCCAUAGUAUGCACAAUUUCAAUGUGAACCCCCACUUGUCAGUCCGAGGAGGAGCUCAUGCUGAAGAUCAUCAUCCUCACCCAUGGUUAUUGGUGCCGUUGUUGUUACCGUCGUCGUUGUUGUUGAAUCCCUCGAAUCAACCUGUCUCGCUUGGUCUUAACCAACCUGUUGACUGCUUGGAUUCCUCUGUCUUUAGCAUUUCGUCGGCCGCUAAACUUUUGAGCUCGAAUCCAGCUACCUCAAACUGCAAUCACCUCGACUACCUUCUUGACUCCUACUCCUUGUCCUACUGUCCUUCGGAUCUUGGAGGAGCCUGUGUUAGCCACCAAUACCAUCGCCAGUGCGAUCAGCUAAGAAGUUUUGGCACCCUCUACAGCAACAGCAUUCCUGGUUGGUCGAUACUCGCAACCACUACCGCUACUACCACGGCCGCCACCACCACCACCACCACUAGGUCUGCCAUCCCCACCGCCAAGGCAAACAUCAUCUUGUACACGGAGAAGAACGAAAAAGAACAAGUACGGCAAGUGCUGGAAGAGAACAAGAAGGACGAGGAGCAGCAGUAUGCUCAAGCUACUACGUAGGAAGUCGUUUAGGAAGUCCAAGGAUUUCAAAAUUGUUAACGGCGGCAGCAGUCAUUCUGCAUUUUCGGGCACCAGUUCAGGGAAGAAUCAGCGAGACCAGUCCAAUCAUCACAAUUUCCAAAAUGACAAUGGACUAGCAGAAGACGGAGGACAUUAUCGAAGUACUUCCAAUUCUCAAUACAGUUUCAACAGCUGGGAUCGAAGAAGCCAGGCCAGUGGGCCUUAUCGAUACUCGUCCAUCUCUACCCACACUGUGGGAAUAGAGUCUCCUCCUGAAAUCCUCCAAUACGCGAGGCCACCUGAGAACCUUACCAGUCCCCUCCGUGAAUCCUCGGGAGUGCUCCAAGAUAGCUUAGUGCCAAGUCCUGGGCUUCAAAAGAAGAUUCAGGAGGAAUCCCAACAGUUCUACGAAAGUGAAGUGAGUCGGAGGCGUGGUUCACCCACCUCCAAUUCUGUCCACCGCACUCCGGGUAAGAAGAGUGCCAGUGGGGGAGGCGUGAUAUCGGCUUUGCGUCAGAGCUUUCGACGAAAAAGUACUAGCGCCCGACUCCAACGACAACAAAUCAAAGAGCAACGGAAAACCUCUGCCUCACAAUACUCAUCCAGUGUGCCAAGAUCCGUCUCGCACCAACAUACUCCAGUGUCUCGAAAGGUUUCAGGGGACUCGACCCGCUCCAGUGCCUUCAGCAUUAACACCGCAGCCUCAAAAAGAAGUGGUUCUGUGGUCUCAAUUAAAUCUGGUCAGCCCGGAGGGGGUCACUCAAUUUCCAGGAACCUCUUGCCUGGACGUGCAGUGGACCCAAUCCGACCGGUAGUUGUUGUGCCCCCGUUCCAACAACAGUUGUUGGAACACCCAAUUCUUCCCAGUAACGGGAAAAUAAGCCCAAGCCCUCUCGAGAAGCCCGACUCUUCAGUAGAAUCCAACAUGGCUACAGCUGUUACUCCCACAUCGCGAAGGAAUCAUGCCUCCAAUGAUAUGGAACGCUCCCUUUUGACAACCACGCCCUCUAGGCAGCAAAGAUGUCUUCCCCAAACGCCAAGCCAACCGUCUAGAACGGGCUUGACUCCAACGACAAGCUCUCAUAGCUACUCCAGAGAAAGUAGUAAAUCUACGGCUGUAGUGACCCCAAAUUCAGUGAUUGCUCCUGCAAAUGGCACGUCCAGUACUUCAUGUCCUAGACCUGCUCAGAGGCAUUCGUUACGAAACAAGGGUGGCGACAUGAGUUCAGCCCGUAUUUCGUCACGCCGUGCUGGCGAGGAGCCGCAUAUUGGUAAAUAUCGCCUUCUCAAAACCAUUGGAAAGGGGAAUUUUGCCAAAGUCAAAUUGGCCAAACACAUCCCCACCGGAAAAGAAGUGGCUAUCAAGAUCAUUGACAAGACCCAACUUAAUCCCGGCAGCUUACAGAAGCUGUUUCGUGAAGUCCGCAUAAUGAAAACGCUUGACCAUCCCAACAUUGUGAAGCUGUUCCAAGUGAUUGAGACCGAAAAGACUUUGUAUUUGGUGAUGGAGUACGCCAGUGGAGGCGAGGUCUUUGAUUACCUCGUCCUUCAUGGCCGAAUGAAGGAAAAAGAGGCCAGAGCCAAAUUCAGACAGAUUGUAUCGGCCGUGCAGUAUUGUCAUCAGAAGAAAAUCAUCCAUAGAGAUUUGAAAGCAGAAAAUCUCCUCUUGGACAGUGAAAUGAACAUCAAGAUUGCGGACUUCGGAUUCAGCAACGAAUUCCAGCCUGGAAGCAAAUUGGACACGUUCUGCGGUAGUCCUCCCUAUGCAGCCCCCGAGUUGUUCCAAGGGAAAAAGUACGAUGGUCCCGAGGUGGACGUUUGGUCAUUAGGUGUGAUACUCUACACGCUAGUCAGCGGUUCGUUACCCUUCGAUGGGUCAACCCUCCGGGAGCUCCGGGAACGGGUUCUCCGGGGAAAAUAUCGCAUCCCCUUCUACAUGUCAACCGACUGCGAGAACUUGCUCAAGAAAUUCUUAGUCCUCAACCCAGCGAGGCGAGCCUCUCUCGAGACCAUCAUGAAGGACAAAUGGAUGAACAUGGGCUACGAAGAAGAGGAACUCCUUCCGUUCAAGGAGCCCAUCUUGGACAUUAGUGACACAAAACGAAUCGACAUGCUCGUGACCAUGGGCUACAAUCGGAAAGAGGUGGAGGAAUCGCUUCGAACGCACAAAUUCGAUGACUCGUACGCCAGUUAUCUACUCUUGGGACGACGUUCCACAGACGCCGAAAGUGAUGGAAGUCGGUCGGGAUCGUCUCUGUCCCUUCGCAAUAUUGGACCUGGAGGCGGCAGUAGUGUGACCACCGGUGGUGGCAAUGCAGGUGUUCCAUCAUCGGCAAAUCCGCGGGUGAGCAACAACAACCAUUCGGUCCAAAGUUCAAAUUUCAAGCGAACCAACACCGUGGACACGGCUACCAUCAAGGAAAAUUCGGCGCGAUUGGCCACGCCCACCCGACCUUCUACAGCCUCCAAUGCUACUCCUAGCAAAUCGAAUGCCACGCCUUUAGAUAGUAGCCGAACCACCUCGCCGAAAACUCGGAUUACGAAGUCGAACACCAUGUCGAACGCGACGGGUCGGACCAUGUUGGGUCAACCCGCGCAAAACCGGAGAUCUGCCUACGAAGCCACCACCAAGUUGUCCACGUCCACGGACAAGACCAAUCAAUUGGGAUCGACAGCGGAUCCAAGUGAUUCGUCUUCCGCUGCCACCCUCAACACACCAACCAACGACCUCGACUUAUUGUCAGUAGGCGGCGGCGGCGGCGGCGGGGGCGGGGCUGGCGGUCAAAUACCACAGCGUCCCGCCACCGCGGCGGUUGUGAGUCAGCACACCAAGAGCGCAUCGAUGUCGGUCAGCUCGGUACCUGCGGCAGACGGUGGAGGCGGCGGGAGUGGCGCUACGGGUGGGGAUGGUAAUCGCGGUCCGUCGGCUGCCACCUCUUUGGCGGGCGGGGUGGAUAAGGGGUUUGAGAGUAAUGCCAGAGAAGGAGCGGCAGCGGCCGCCGUGGGCGUGGUGGACAAUUCAGCUGCCAGUAAACUGCCCCUGAGCCCGACGGGAAGAUCGCCAGUGGUGGGCGGAGCCGCUCAGUUCUCGCGCAACGUGCCCGAGCGCUCCACCUUCCACUCGGGACAAACCCGGGUGCGACCCCGACAAUCCGUGGGCCAAUUCGGAAUGCCAACCUCGUCGCAAGACACCUCCUCGUUGAAUCCUGGAGUGAGGCCUGCGAAUUUCUUCUCAAAAUUAUCGUCCAAAUUUUCCAAGCGCUCCGUGUCUGAUUCGAUUUCUAGCCCAUUGGAUGGUCAAGGUGGUCCAGGCAUUCCACUUCCUGACCAAUCCAGCCCCAUUCCUCAGGGCGGCGUCAGAAAUGUCAGAUCGGAGUCAGCAAAUUCACAAUCAUUACGGUUACGUAGCAAUGAAAGGGAUCGGAGGAUUUCCGUCCUGGCCAAGGGACCGUCUCCAAGUCUCAACCACCAUCCAACCCCAGGAGUGAACAGCAAUGUGGUCAACGAAAGUGGUGAAAUCAAGCCUCGCUCUUUGCGAUUCACGUGGAGCAUGAAGACGACCUCGUCCAGAGACCCAAACGAAAUCAUGUCGGAGAUUAAGAAGGUGUUGGAUGCCAAUAAUUGCGACUACGAGCAACGGGAGCGUUUCCUUCUCCUCUGCGUGCACGGAGAUCCCAACACGGAUUCAUUGGUUCAAUGGGAGAUUGAAGUGUGCAAACUGCCCAGACUCUCGCUCAAUGGCGUGCGUUUCAAGCGAAUCUCCGGCACUUCGAUCGGAUUCAAGAACAUCGCUUCCAAGAUUGCCAACGAGCUCAAGCUCUAAUCCAUUCCCCCCAAACCCCCAAAACUCCUCCUUUAAAGAAGAAAGGCUCAAUCUCCAGGAGCUUCAUAUCGUCGCCACUUCUGCCCGUGAACCACCGUUGUGCGCCGCUAGCCUCUGAGCUAGCGCCUCGAGCGGUAUCGAGCUAAUGACUUGCCGACUGACCAACUGACCCGCCCCGCCGUCCGUCAGUCUGGUAGUUAAGAAGUCAUCUGAAUGCCCAUCUGUCGAUGCCACCCCACCAGUACUCUUGUGCUCUUGGUGGUGCCGGAGAGAACUGACUCGCUUGGUUCUUUCUUUUAGUGCGUGAAGUAAACAGUGAGAACUCUAAGUAACGAGCGGUCUCAUGAUCGAGGCCGGAUCCGACAUAGAUUCAGAAAAAGGCCGUCAUUGACUGGUGAACCUCGAAUGAACUCGCCACAACUCCCAUAGGAUGCAAGAUGAAUUUCUUAUGCUACGCCUCCCCUUCCCAUGUUCCACGUCAACCCCUUUGGGGCUCUGCUCCGCCC